CCGCUUGUUCUGUUUCUCUGAGCGAAGCAGCAGCGGAGCGGGAUGGCCACGAAUCCGACAAAGUCUUCCGGACACCCUGACAAGAUGAAGAAAAACGAGUCUCUGCUCGGGAAACUGGGAGGAACAUUAGCUCGCAAAAAGAAGCAAAAAGAAGUGAGUGACCUUCAGGAAGAUGGCAAGAAUGCCAUCAAUGCUCCCCUCCUCCACGGCGGCCCGGAGCUGCUCCCAGAAGACACACUGCUUGAGGAAAAUGCAGAAAGGACUAUUUUAGACCCCAUGUCCAGAGAGGACCUCAAACUGAAAGACCUGCAGAAGGUUCUCAUCGACUGGAUCAACAGUGAACUAGAGGAGGAAAGAAUUAUUGUAAAAGACCUCGAAGAAGAUCUGUACGAUGGACAGGUGCUGCAAAAACUAUUCGAGAAGCUGUCAGGUCAUAAGUUGAACAUUGCAGAGGUGACCCAGUCUGAGAUGGGGCAGAAACAGAAGCUGCAGAUGGUUCUGGAAGCGGUAAAUGGAGUUCUAAGACCUCUGGAGUGGAAUACAGAGUGGAAUGUCGACUCCAUACACUCGAAGAAUUUGGUGUCCAUAGUUUACUUGCUGCUGGCGCUGGCCAUCUAUUACGCGGCUCCCAUCCGCUUACCUGAACACGUGUCCGUCCAGGUGAUCGUGGUCAAGAAAAAAGAGGGCAUCCUGCAGACUUCUCAUGUGACCAAACAUCUCACGAGUACCACCACAGAAAUGAUGAUCGGAAGAUCAGAACGGGACGCUUUUGACACAUUAUUGGAUCACGCACCUGACAAACUGAACGUAGUAAAAACGUCGCUGAUCACAUUUGUGAAUAAACACUUGAACAAACUGAACCUAGAGGUGACUGAACUGGAAUCACAGUUUGCAGAUGGUGUGUAUCUGGUGUUGCUAAUGGGAUUGUUGGAAAAUUACUUUGUGCCUCUGUACAACUUCUACCUCACUCCAGAAAGCUUCGAACAGAAGGUGCAUAACGUGGCAUUUGCUUUUGAACUCAUGCAGGAUGGAGGAUUACAGAAACCCAAAGCUCGACCAGAAGAUGUGGUGAACUUGAAUCUGAAGUCAACCCUCAGGGUGCUGUACAACCUUUUCACUAACUACAAGAACUCAGAGUAACAGUAUAUUGAAGCCAUCCGAGAAAGCGUUUCUUGUGGUUCACCAAUGUCAGUGCUUACACACAUAUAUUUUAUAUAACAGGGCUUUUUUACACUCAGACUUGUACGUUUUCAGCAUUAACAUUGUGUAUCAGCUAUUAGAAUAAAAUAUUAAUUUUGACUUGUUCAAAUGAGACCUGCUACUGCUUUAAGCAUUACACACAAACAGUUGUUUGCCCUGACAUGUUUUGUAAAUUUGGUACACUGUGAAUUAUUAUAAAGAAAUUAUUUAAAUAUUGUAUCAAAUAAACACAGCAGAAUGCU